GUAAUUAAAUAAAAAUAAAUAGUCUGGAAACACGGGUUGAAAACAAUAGGUUUUGCCGUUGAUGUUAGGUUCUUAUCCGCGUUAGUACCCAGCCUACUUUAAGGUGCAAAACAAAACAAAUUUCUUUAGAGAUCUUGAAUCAAAAUACAAUGCCUGGAGCAAAUUGUUCAGUAUAUGGUUGUCAUACCUCUCGUUAUUCACAUGGAAUAGCUAUAUUCAGUCUUCCUAAAGGUCAGGAUGACUUUUCCGUUCAAUGGAGAAAAAAAUUGAGCGAGAUUAUAACAAAAGAUCGUUUAAUUGAUUCAGCUUUAAGGAAGCAAAUUGCCAGUGAAUCUUUGCAUAUUUGUGAGAGACACUUUAAAGAAGAUGAAGUUAAUAGAAAUUCAACUAGAGCAAGACUUAUACCAGGAACUCUACCUUCACAAAAUUUACCAAUAAAGAGUGUUCAAACAACCAGUUUAUUAAAAAAGACAAGGCUUUCGACACUAAGUAUUACAUCAAAAAAAGAUUGCAAUGAAUCAGGCAAAGUUCAAAAUCAUAUACAUUAUUUUUAUAAAUCAUUUCAAGAGUUUGUAGAUCGAGUGAGCAUACUAAAAUUGGAAUCAUGGGAACUUGUUAUAUCGAAAGAUUUAGUCAAAGUUUUUAAAGUAGACAACAUUCACCUACAACCCCAAUAUGAAGUAUAUGUUCAACCUAGCCUUAUAUUUACAAUACGAUCUUUUGCUUGGAACUUACCAGAUACGCAUGAUAUUUAUUUGAAUUAUAAACAGUCAGUUAAAAACAUUACUUUAUCAAGUAUUAUUGCUCUUUUAUCAACUUACUCAUUGUGUCAGGGUGUUGCAUCAGGUUCAAACUGUUUUAAAAAACAUAUUCUUACAAAAUUGUACAAUCCAAGUGUUAAAUCAAUCACUACAUUUGAGAGUGAAUUUAAUAGGUCAACUUUGUGUUUUUUAUUGAUAAAUUCUGGCAAUACUUGUAAUGAAUGUAAAACUUUGGAAUUGUCACAAAAUGCUAAACUACAAAAAGCUGUAAAACGUAAAGCUGAAACGCUGACAAAACCUGCUCAUAUAAAUGCCCCCAUCUCCAUAACUUCUCCUGAUAGAAUUAAACUUACCUUGCAAAGCUAUCGAUCUGAAAAUGCCAUUUUGAAACAAGAAAUGAAAAGUAUGCAAGAUGAGAUUAAAAAAAAUGCAUUACGAGUAACCUCUGAUUUUAAUGGCGACAUAAAAAAUCUAAUGUCAAAUGCUUUUGAUUUACACAGUGUUUCACCAUUUAUGAAAUUUUUUUGGACUGAGCAGCAAAAAUACCUUUUAUCAAAUCCAACAUCUGUGCGAUAUCAUCCGAUGAUUAUAAGGUAUUGCCUUAGUCUUUGUGCAAAGUCUCCUAGUUUUAAUAAAUAG